AAGAAAAAAAAUGUCUGAAUAAUAAUAACUAUAAUAAUAAUAAUAUUUGCCUUAUAAUUAGUAAGAAAAUAAAUAUGAAGUGCCUUCAAAACAGCUUAGAUUAGAACAAGAUGUAGAAAUAUUUAAAAAAACUAAAACAUUUGCCGAAUAUAUGCAAUUUAUAUGCGAUAUGCAAUAGUCUAUAAAAUCAAAGAAAAUAUCUUAAACCAAUAAUACUGGAAAAUUUAACAAAAUAAUUGAAUAUUUAGUAAAUUUAGAAAUUUUAUUGAAAUAAACUCCUCCAAUAUAAUAACCAAUGCGUUUUGGAAAUAAAGCUUUUAAAGAUUGGCAUUAAUAAAUGUGUUUACAAACAGACUCAUUUUUAAAAACUCUUCUUCCUGAAAAUUUAUAAGGAGCUAUAAUAGAAUUAAGAGUUUAUUUAUUUGAUUCUUAUGGUUCUAAUGUAAGAUUAGAUUAUGGAACAGGACAUGAAAUGGCUUUCUUAUUUUUCCUUUUGGCUUUAAAAAAACUUGGAUUUUAUGAUAAUAAUGAUCUAGAAGAAGUUUGUAGAUUUGUAUUUUAUAAAUAUAUUGAUGUAAUGAGAUAAAUAUAAGUUAGUUAUAUGCUAGAACCUGCUGGUUCUCAUGGAGUUUGGGGAUUAGAUGAUUAUCAUUUUAUUCCUUUUCUUUUAGGAGCUAGUGAGCUAAUUAAUAGUGAUAUAGUCCCUUCACCUUCAGAUAUUCAUAAUUAAUAAUUAUUAGAUCAUUAUUAAAAUGAAUAUAUGUAUUUGCAUUGCAUAGAUUUCAUCAAAAAAUAAAAAAAAGGACAUUUUCAUGAGCAUUCGCCUAUUCUUAAUGAUAUUUCAGGAGCUGCAAAUUGGAAUAAAGUUGCUUAGGGAAUGAUUAAAAUGUAUUAAGCUGAAGUUUUAUUUAAAUUUCCUGUUGCUAAACAUAUAUUUUUUGGUUCUAUUUUGCCUUUUGUUUGA